GGGUCCCGGCGGCGGGAGCGGGAGGAGGCGGCGGCGGCGGGAGCGGCUUCUGCCUCGGCUGGAGACUGAGGCGAAGGCGGCAGCGGCGGAGGAGGUGGAGGAGAGGCGAGGGUGAAGGCGAAGGCGAUGGCGACGCAGAGCACAUGAGGCGGCGGCCGGCGGGACGGGCCGAGGCCCGGCGGAGGAGGCGGCUCCGGGGGAACCCGCCGCCGGAGGGUAUCUGGAAAAAUUGCAAAGGAAACAUCAUUUCUCUAAGAAAAUUUUGGGUAACAGAAAUUCUGGACAACAGGGCAUACCAAUUCCAUCACCAUGAGUUGGAGCUUCCUGACUCGCCUGCUAGAGGAGAUUCACAACCAUUCCACAUUUGUGGGGAAGAUCUGGCUCACUGUUCUGAUUGUCUUCCGGAUUGUCCUUACAGCUGUAGGAGGAGAAUCCAUCUAUUACGAUGAACAAAGCAAAUUUGUGUGCAACACAGAACAGCCGGGCUGUGAGAAUGUCUGCUAUGAUGCAUUUGCACCCCUCUCCCAUGUACGCUUCUGGGUGUUCCAGAUCAUCCUGGUGGCAACUCCCUCCGUGAUGUACCUGGGCUACGCUAUUCACAAGAUUGCCAAAAUGGAGCAUGGUGAAGCAGACAAGAAGGCAGCUAGGAGCAAGCCCUAUGCCAUGCGUUGGAAACAACACCGGGCUCUGGAAGAAACGGAGGAGGACAACGAAGAGGAUCCUAUGAUGUAUCCAGAGAUGGAGUUAGAAAGUGAUAAGGAAAAUAAAGAGCAGAGCCAACCCAAACCCAAGCAUGAUGGCCGACGACGGAUUCGGGAAGAUGGGCUCAUGAAAAUCUAUGUGCUGCAGUUGCUGGCAAGGACCGUGUUUGAGGUGGGUUUUCUGAUAGGGCAGUAUUUUCUGUAUGGCUUCCAAGUCCACCCAUUUUAUGUGUGCAGCAGACUUCCUUGCCCUCAUAAGAUCGACUGCUUUAUUUCUAGACCCACUGAAAAGACCAUCUUCCUUCUGAUAAUGUAUGGUGUUACAGGCCUUUGCCUCUUGCUUAACAUUUGGGAGAUGCUUCACUUAGGGUUUGGGACCAUUCGAGACUCACUAAACAGUAAAAGGAGAGAACUUGAGGAUCCGGGUGCUUAUAACUAUCCUUUCACUUGGAAUACACCAUCUGCUCCCCCUGGCUAUAACAUUGCUGUCAAACCAGAUCAAAUCCAGUACACCGAACUGUCCAAUGCUAAGAUCGCCUACAAGCAAAACAAGGCCAACACAGCCCAGGAACAGCAGUAUGGCAGCCAUGAGGAGAACCUCCCAGCUGACCUGGAGGCUCUGCAGCGGGAGAUCAGGAUGGCUCAGGAACGCUUGGACCUGGCAAUUCAGGCCUACAGUCACCAAAACAAUCCUCAUGGUCCCCGGGAGAAGAAGGCCAAAGUGGGGUCCAAAGCUGGGUCCAACAAAAGCACUGCCAGUAGCAAAUCAGGGGAUGGGAAGACCUCCGUCUGGAUUUAAUCCUGGCGGGCUUAAAACCUGUGCUUUUCAUAGUUUAUGGUAAGCAGCAGCUCACUGAAUAAUGACUUCCAUUGAGUAAACAUUUGGCUCUGGUUAUCUUCAGGGAUGCUGUUGGCUUAUGAUCCAAGCUCAGGGGACUCCAAAGGCGGGGCUGAGCUGAGGGGGAGAAAGGGAAACACAGUGUUCCCGGGCACAUGUUCUCAGCAAUAAUACAGUUGCAGAACUUUACAUUGGUGUCUUCCAGAUCUGGAGAGGAACAGACAUAUUUAAAUCAUUCUUGUUGAACAGUUUUUCUAUGUACAGUAUUAUGGUACUUUUUUUCAGUAUGAAAACUUUUUUUGUAUUUGUAUAUUGAACUGGUGUAGUUAUACUUUUAUAUUAAAGGGGAAAAGGUCCUCAUAAGUAAUGCCUAUUAGGCUAGUGUUACUGCUUUGUUCAGCAAAUUCUACCCUGGCUAUAGAGUUUUUAAUAGAUGCUACACCUAAUAAAAGUGCCUCUCAUAUUGCAGGAAAGAUUUCAGAUGUAUAAAGAGACUGAAGAGGAGAUAGCAGUUUAAUUUAGUCUUAGAAAGUAAGUUCACAGUAGAAAGGAGGUUGACAUCUUUCUUUUACAUGAGAAAUUUUGAAUCUCAUUUAUGUGACCAGAGUUGUGGCCAAUUUUUGAAACCCUAUUCUUAUUUUCCAAGGAAAUAAAUGAUUGACUGUAGGAUUCCUUUAAAUAUCAAGCAUCACCAGUAUAUGCUUUGAUGGUGUGUGUAUAUAACUUAAAGUUCUUUCAAAAGCCUGAUACAGAAACAUGUCCCCAGUUUGGUAGCAAUGUGGAAAACCUGGCUAGAGGUGAUAUGGAGCUAUCUCUCAGAAAGGAAACCAUGCCUGGAAAAUGGGCCCUAAUAGGAUGCUUAGUUGUGAACCUGUUGGAUUUGCCUUAAGCCUCUAUCCAGAAACCUGCCUGCCUCCCUCUGGUUAAGAAGCCAGUGGUGGAUAUUUUCUUUGUUUGUUAACAUUAGAAAUGCAAAAAUUCCCUUUUCGACCAAGAAUACUCAGAGCUACUUGUAUUGGAAAUGGCAGAAGGCCUAAAUCCAAAUUCCUUAUUUUUUAUAAUUUAACCAUAGAACUUUUGUGAUUAAACAUCUUCUGCUAGUGGAGGUUUAUGCCUGAAAGGUCAUGAGGUUCUGUCUGUAAAUAGACCCAAAGAGAAGUGCACUAUUUAUUCCUUGUAGGCAUAAUGUGUUUGUCACUGACAAGCAUUAAUGUUCACCCACUGGUCUUUUACUGCCAUUUUCAACCUUAUGUUAGAGAACUUUGCCUUCUCUUUAUGUUUGCAUUGUCUUAAAUUUUGUGAGCUUCUGACAAAAAGCUUGGUAAAGGUUUAAAGGGGCCUUUGUUCCACCAGGGAGCAUUUUAUUUGGGGGUCUCACUCUUUUCAAACGAAAGCUAUUGUAAGCCACCUCUGACUUGGAAAUUCUGAAAGUAUUAAUAGUUUUUAUAUCUUGAUUGUAAAAUGCCAGUUCUCCGUUAUUUAGGUGAAUCGUAGAACAACACCCUUUGUGCAGCGUUUUUCUUUGUUUCUCCAUUGCAUUCCUUCCCCCACCAAAAAAA